GACUCGGAACCCGGACCUAUGUUCUCGCGAGAGUUAGCGGGCUCCGGAGUGGGAUGGCCGCGGAGCCGGGCGGAGCUGGCUUGCGGCUCCCGGGGCCGGCUCUCCGGCCGGAGACAUGGCCCGGGGGCCCGGCCCGCUAGGCAGGCCUCGCCCCGAUACGGUCGCCAUGCCCAAGAGAGGAAAACGACUCAAGUUCCGGGCCCACGACGCCUGCUCCGGCCGAGUGACCGUGGCGGAUUACGCCAACUCGGAUCCGGCGGUCGUGAGGUCUGGACGAGUCAAGAAAGCCGUAGCCAACGCUGUUCAGCAGGAAGUAAAAUCUCUUUGUGGCUUGGAAGCCUCUCAGGUUCCUGCAGAGGAAGCUCUUUCUGGGGCUGGUGAGCCCUGUGACAUCAUCGACAGCAGUGAUGAGAUGGAUGCCCAGGAGGAAAGCAUCCAUGAGAGAACUGUCUCCAGAAAAAAGAAAAGCAAGAGACACAAAGAAGAACUGGACGGGGCUGGAGGAGAAGAGUAUCCCAUGGAUAUUUGGCUAUUGCUGGCCUCGUAUAUCCGUCCUGAGGACAUUGUGAAUUUUUCCCUGAUUUGUAAGAAUGCCUGGACUGUCACUUGCACUGCUGCCUUUUGGACCAGGUUGUACCGAAGGCACUACACGCUGGAUGCUUCCCUGCCUUUGCGUCUGCGACCAGAGUCAAUGGAGAAGCUGCGCUGUCUCCGGGCUUGUGUGAUCCGAUCUCUGUACCAUAUGUAUGAGCCAUUUGCUGCUCGAAUCUCCAAGAAUCCAGCCAUUCCAGAAAGCACCCCCAGCACAUUAAAGAAUUCCAAAUGCUUACUUUUCUGGUGCAGAAAGAUUGUUGGGAACAGACAGGAACCAAUGUGGGAAUUCAACUUCAAGUUCAAAAAACAGUCCCCUAGGUUAAAGAGCAAGUGUACAGGAGGAUUGCAGCCUCCCGUUCAGUACGAAGAUGUUCAUACCAAUCCAGACCAGGAUUGCUGCCUACUGCAGGUCACCACCCUCAAUUUCAUCUUUAUUCCGAUUGUCAUGGGAAUGAUAUUUACUCUGUUUACUAUCAAUGUGAGCACGGACAUGCGGCAUCAUCGAGUGAGACUUGUGUUCCAAGAUUCCCCUGUCCAUGGUGGUCGGAAACUGCGCAGUGAACAGGGUGUGCAAGUCAUCCUGGACCCAGUGCACAGCGUUCGGCUCUUUGACUGGUGGCAUCCUCAGUACCCAUUCUCCCUGAGAGCGUAGUUACUGCUUCCCAUCCCUUGGGGGCAGCCUCGAGUGUAGUCCAUUAGUAAUCAGAUUCCAGUUUGGACAGGGUGGCUGGAUUGUAUAUCUCGUUAGUAAUGUACAUGCUCUUCAGGUUCUAGGGCUCCUGUUAGGGGAGGGAGAAAUGUUGAAUCAAAAGGGAAAACAACUACUAUGAUUUAUAAACAUAUUUUAAUGUAAAAAUUUGCAUUUAAAAGGAGUGGCCCUGUUAUCUGUGUUAAAACCCCAUUUGGUGCUAUUGAGUUUGUUCUUUAUUCUUUUAUCCCAGUGAAAAUUGUUGAUCUUGCUGUAGGGAAAAAUUAAACUCUUUGAAUCUCCAAACAAGGAAGUUUCAGCAUUCCCUUAUGGAUCAGAGGAACCUUAGAGGCCUGAAAUUGUUGCUUCCAGUUUAGCUGCCCCUCAAAUUCAAGUGAAUAUUUUCCCUUCUCCCUUUACCCUUCUCCAGAAAUAAAGCAGGUGACAGGGUUUUCAGAAUCUUA